AUGUUCAAACCCCUGAUGAAAGCAAGAUGUCAGCUGGAUGAUGCAAAGGAUAAUCUACUGAAGACUAGACGGAAAGAUCAGCAGCGGAAGGAAACGAUACGUGAGCGCAGACUGAUGUUGAAGCAUUUGCAAAAGCACAUAGAUGAGCUGCAAAAGGAGAACCACACAACCAGGGAGUUGAGCUCGAGCUAUGGUCUGUUUCUGAAGGAGGAAGAGGUACAGAGAACUUGUGAUGAAGCAGAGAGGGAGGGGGAGGAGGCUCUUCAGAAGGAGGAACAGUUGGAGAAGUUAAAGCAGGAGACGGCUGAUGUGGUGGUAAUGAAAGACAACCUGGACCUUCAGCUGCAGACGUACACCGUGUACGGGAAGGUCAUGGAGAAGAUACAGAAAAUGACUGAGUUCAAGGAUGCAGAGUUGCUAGCGGACAAUUUCCAAAGUCAGCUCCUCAUGAGGGAGCAUCUCUAUCUGAGGGAGUGUGAGGCCGAGGAGCAGGUUGACCAGCAGGAGAUAGCCGUGGCAGCACUCAAGAAUCAGAGCGACCUGAUGCACCUGCAGAAGAGGAAUCGACUGAUCGAGCUCAAGACCAAGCUGAAGAACUUGCUCGCUGAGGUUGAAGUCUGGGAAACCAAGUGGAGCGACAUUCAAAAGGCUUCUGCAAAUAAAACCCUGAGAUUGGCCCAGGCUAAGAUGGUGAUUCUCGACCUGUAUGAAAAGACAGGCGGCAAAUUAAAGGCAGGAGGUGUCGGUGUGAAUGACACAGACAAACAGCUGGACAAGAUCCAGCUGUUCAUCCUGGAACAAGAUGAGAGGGAGUGGGUGGAGUCAUGCCUUGCCAAAGAAGAAGAGAUCUCCAAAGUCAGAUCUGCACUGGCCCAGGCUGAAAAAGACGCAGAACAAUCUCAAAGCGAGUGGAAGCCUAACGAGUCCCGACUUCUAGAAGAACACCUGCAGGUGACCUCCAGCCUCUCAGCAGGACUGACCAGGUCCAAGGAAGCGCUGGAGGCAGAGAGGAGUCUGUGGAAUCAGGAAAAGCUCGAGCUCCACGAGUCCCUCAGGACCGCCACACAGGCUGUGGACGAAAAAAAAAAGGAGAUCUCCAAGAUCAGAUCUGCACUGGCCCAGGAUGUGAAAGACGCAGAACAAUCACAAAGCGAGUGGAAGCGUGACGAGUCCCGACCUCUAGAAGAACACCUGCUGUGGACGAAGAGAAAGAGGCAGCAAUAG